GGAUGACUUAGCGUCUGAGCAGUUGAAGAUGGCUGAACUCUUGUGCAAGUUCCGUAUUGACUUUAGUGAUGUAGUGAUGAUCCCAGAUGUCCAAAAGAAGCCAAGGGAGGAAUCAGUGAAUGAAUUUAAUAACCUUAUCAGCAAAUUUGAAGUUAUUCCAGAAGGGGAAAAUGAAGAAGUUGAAAGAGAAGACAAGGAAGGCUGCAUCACAGAAUCAGAGCUGGUUGCUUUGCGUGAGAAAACCAACCGACAUAUUCGUCUGAAAGAGCUUCUGCUACAGCAUUCUAAACAAGCUUCUUUGAUUGUGAUGACAUUGCCAAUGCCAGUGGUGGGGACAGUAUCAGCACCUUUGUACAUGGCUUGGUUAGAGACCCUUACCAAAGAUAUGCCACCCUUCUUACUGCUGAGAGGAAACCAGUCUUCUGUGCUGACCUUCUAUUCUUAAGCCAUUUUUUGUGGAUAGCUGGUACUGUUUGAUAUUCAUUCAUUGUGUGUCACCUGGGCAUUUCACCUAAUCAUCAAAUAUGUUUGUGUUGUCAUAGUUGUGUUAUGUGCAACUCAUCCAUCUCACAGAUAUUUUUUCCUUUCAACUUUUGUCAUUCACACUCAGUAGUCAUUCCAUUCACAGACAGCCCAGAAUUGGUAUCACUCAUAGAAAACUAGUUCCUCUGGGUUUUUUUUCUCUGCAGAUAUGGAGAUCCUAGUCUGUGAUCUUCUAGUUGUAUAUACAAGUACAUGAAUACUGAUAUAUAUCUGAAUAAUUAUUAGUGAGGGUACUAGCUUACAAGAGCCUAAGGUAACACCAGAGUGGUGAAGAAAGAGUGAAUCAUCUUGCAAAAUAUUUGAAACUG